AUGGGUACAGAGAAUAUUGUUCGAACUACACCACAUAUGCAUUUAUCAACCUAUACAAUGGAAACAUCUGAUAAUUUUGAUACCGAUGAUUUUGAUCAAGAUAUUUAUAAUUAUAUUCAUCGCAUACAUCAUUGCUCGAAUCAAUCGGAAGCUAUUAAUCUACGUUUGAAUGCUUUGAAAUUUAUUGAUCAAUGGCGUUUACAAUUUCUAGAAAAACUCGAACACCGAGUUCGAACAGCUGGUCAAUUGAUUUUAAAUGCAUUCGAUGAAUAUCAAAGUGGACAAAAACGUCUUAAAUGUUCUCACCGAUUCAAACAAUCUUUAGACAUUUUACAUAAUAAAUCUUCGACUACAACCACAAUAAAAAGUCAUUCGAUUGGUUCAAUGUCAGCUUUAUCUUCGCCAACAAUAAAUGAUGAAUGCCAUAAAGAAAAAGAAAAACCAAAUGUCGAGAUUUUUAUUGAUAAAAUAAAAUCAUCAUCUCAACUUCGAUCACGUACGGAUAGAAAAAUGUCAUUGAAUUUAAUUGAUAUCGUUCGAGAUUUUACAUUUGAAACAUUAGCAUAUUUAUCCGGCUCAUCUAAUGAUAUUGCCAUGAGUAUUUGUGAAAAUAAUAUUCUUAUUUAUUGUCAAAAUUCAAAUGAAUUAGUCAUAGUUCCACUUCUAAAUCCACAACAUGCUGCUAUUAAACAAUUGGAUAGAAAUUCUAUUAUUCAUGAUUUAUGUUAUGUUGAUUGGCUAUCGAAGUGUUUGGUUAUUACUGACAAACAUAUCUGUUUGUUAGACUAUCGAACAACACGCUGUGAUAUUAUCGAUACAGACAUUGGUUCUAUCUGUGGUGCAAUAGAUAAUCAACGUUGUAUAUUCUAUUUAGUAAAACAAUCAACAUUAUAUAAAUAUAAUAAAGAUUUUCUAUUAACUCAUCAAGCAGAUCAAUAUCCAAUUGCUGAUGGAUAUUUUCCCCGACGAAUCACACUUGAUAAUAAAACAAAUGAUUCUUUAGCUUUAUUAGUCAUUACAAAUGAUGAAAAAAAUUAUAUAUUAGUUUAUUCAACAUCAUCUCUGACUGAUGGUUAUCUAUAUAAAAUAAUCAUCGAUGAUCGAAUUGAACGACAAUGGAUUUGUUCAAAUGGAAAUGGUGGUUGGCUUAUUCGAGGCAUAUAUCCUGGGAGUUGUUUUGAUUUAAAUAUCAAUGGUCUCGGGUCUGCUCGUGUAUUUGAUUCUAAUGAAAUAAGAAAUAUAAUUCCGAUGAGCGAACAUCAACGUUUUAUUAUUCGUACUACUACAGAAAUUUUUGUACUUAUUAAAUAUUCAUUUGUUCAAUCACUUUAA